CUGUAUAAAUUAAAACCUUCUUCCGUUUUAUAAAACCAUUAACCCAAUAUUGCCCACCUGGGUUCUCCGGCUCUCUGUCUUCCAUUGCAGCUCCAUUGGUUAAAUAGCUGAAGUGGGUUUCCUGUCUUUUUUGAGCUAUCCUACGAUACUCUCUCGUACAGAGUGUGCAGAAGACUAAUGGGGGACGCAAGAAGGUCAGGUCAAUGGAUGUUUGUUCUUGUGAACUUACUGGUGUUACUGCUCGGAGCACAAGGCUACGAUGUCGGAAUCACUUAUCUCACCGAAGCUGUGCCCAAAGGAGCUGUCUGCUUGGAUGGUAGUCCUCCGGCUUACCACUUCAGCGAGGGCUUCGGCGCCGGCAUCGACAAUUGGCUUGUCUUUUUCGAGGGAGGUGGUUGGUGCAACAAUGUCGCGGAUUGCCUUUCCCGUAGAGACACAAGAUUAGGUUCCUCCAAAUAUAUGAAGAAGGUGCUUUCGUUCUCUGGGAUAUUUAGUAAUAAGCAGAAAUUCAAUCCAGACUUUUACAACUGGAACAAGAUCAAGGUCAGAUACUGCGAUGGAUCUUCUUACACUGGUGAUGUGGAAGCUGUCGACCCCGCAACUAAUCUUCACUUCAGAGGAGCCAGAAUUUUUCAAGCUAUCAUCGACAAUCUGCUAGCAAGAGGGAUGAAAAACGCCAAAAAUGCUAUUCUCGCGGGAUGUUCUGCUGGGGGGCUGACCACGAUAUUGCACUGCGACCGGUUCCGAGCUCUUCUCCCACGAGGAACAAAAGUUAAAUGCUUUGCAGAUGCGGGCUAUUUCAUCAACGCCAAGGAUGUCUCGGGAACGUUGCAUAUUGAAGAAUUCUACAGUCAAGUAGUUGCAACACAUAACUCAGCCAAGAAUCUGCCUACUUCCUGCACAUCAAGAUUAAAACCGGGUUUGUGCUUCUUCCCGCAAAAUGUGGCUUCACAAAUUCAGACUCCAAUAUUCCUUCUAAAUGCUGCAUACGAUUCGUGGCAGAUCAAGAAUAUUUUGGCACCGGGUGUCGCUGAUCCUCAUGGAGCCUGGGGCAGCUGCAAGCUCAACAUCAAGAAGUGUUCAACGGAUCAGCUCAAAGUCAUGCAUGAGUUUAGGAUGGAGUUUCUGAAAGCACUUGGGGGAGUCGGUAGCUCCGUGUCCAGAGGGAUGUUCAUAGACGGUUGCUACGCUCAUUGCCAGGCCGGAACGCAAGAGACUUGGUUAAGGGAUGACUCGCCAAAGUUAGCUAACACGACAAUUGCUAAGGCAGUGGGAGACUGGUACUACGAUAGGAAACCUUUCGAGAAGAUUGACUGCCCUUAUCCCUGCAACCCGACAUGCCACAACCGCAACUUCGAUACUGAUGCACUCUCUGAAGUUUAGAUCCGUCAUAUAUUGAAAUUAUUCGAUGAUUGUCGUAAUUAACUGUCAAUUCUAUAUUUGAAUAAGGUGAUUGAAACCUCGGGAUAGUUUUGCAAAUUAGGGACUGGCAUCUAUAAUGAAAGCCUUCUCGCCUUUAAGAAUCACAAUACUAUGUGGGAAUUCACACUCUAAACCAAUAAAAUCUCUCUUUUUUAAUCUUA